AUGUACUGGGGUCCACACAGUGAACUGGAGGUUAGGAAACUGAAGCUCGAGGAAAAUGUUGCCAGUAUUUGGCCGGAAUUCGAAUCAAAUCGAAAAAAUUCAAUAAAGGUUCAUCAUUUGCUCAACCAUACAUCCGGUCUGCACAAUGCCCUGGCCAACCUUACACGAGAAAAUCCUUUACUUAUGUCCGAUUGGGAUGAAUGUUUGAAUCUCAUUGCUAUGUCAGCUCCUGAGACUGAACCUGGCCAUGAGCAGCUGUAUCAUUAUCUAUCUUUUGGCUGGCUAGUUGGUGGAAUUAUUGAGGCUGAUACAUUUGUUGCGCAUGAUGUGGUUCUUGGCUCUAACAUGGUUAAAUUUGAACAGCAUGCAUCGGGGAAGAAGUUUCAAGAGAUUCUUGAAGAAGCAUUCAUUCACCCACUUCAGAUUGGAGGCGAGCUAUAUGUUGGAAUUCCUCCAGGCAUGAUUCAAAAUAUAAUAUUUAUCAUUUUGGCUUAUUUGAGUUGGGAAGCUACAGGCAAAUUCACUUCUGGUCAUUAUAGCUUUGAUUACUCCAUUGUUAGUUAA